AGAUGAUUAAGAGCGAGGAGGGAACGCAUGCGCGGGCCUACGGCAGGUGGACCGAGAGCGAGCGCGGAGGCGAUAGUGCGCUUCGGCGAGUCGAGGAUGUCGGUGGAGAAGCCGCUCGUAGACGUCCAGGACGCGAACGAGGCCGCGGCCAAGAUACAGGCGGGCUUUCGGGGAUAUCGCGUACGCAAGCGGUUACAGGAGGAGCGCAGGGCCAAGGAGCAGCAACCCGAGGAGGCCAGGGACGGGACGACGCAGGAGCCGCAGCGACGCAUGGAGGUGCCGCGAAGCGCCCUCGAGGAUGAGUCCGCGACGAAGAUCCAGGCCAGUGUGCGGGGCUUCCUUGUACGUAAACGGCACGAAGCGGAGAGGGCCGCGGCGACCAGGAUCCAAGCGGGUUUCCGCGGCUUUAGGACGAGGAAGAUCCUUCAACAAAACGGCAAGUGAUCCUCUGGGCAUCUCGGACGCAUUCGCCUCGGCAUCUUCGACGACAUUCCCCCUCGUGUCCCUCAUCCUCCUUGUCAGCUCGGUGAAGAGUGGCUUCCGGAUUUCAGGGGUGCGGUUAAGCGAAGGCAAAACGCGUUUUGCGGAUGCAGAACGUCCACGAGACCCGCUCGUCCUUCAUCGAAAGUAGCGAAAAUGACG